AUGCUUUUCUUUCAGCGUACUUUGUUGGUGCGCCGUUUUCAUUUUAGACUGACUUUCCGCGGCCUUUCGCCGUGCUAUACGUUUUUCCUGGACACCGGCUGCGUGUUAAGUGCGACCGGACCAAGGUUUCGGACAGUUGCUAACAAUCAAACCACCGUCAGGUUCAUUAAUCAAAUGGCGCUGCCAAGUCGGGCGCGAGUUUAUGCUGAUGUAAAUUCUCACAAACCCAGAGAAUACUGGGACUAUGAAUCUUACACUGUUGAAUGGGGGCAACAAGAUGACUAUCAAUUGGUACGAAAACUUGGUAGAGGUAAAUACAGUGAAGUAUUCGAAGCAAUUGAUGUAACGAAUAGUGAAAAAUGUGUUGUGAAAAUAUUAAAGCCCGUAAAAAAAAAGAAAAUCAAAAGAGAAAUAAAAAUUCUUGAAAAUUUGAGGGGUGGCACCAAUAUUAUAUCGCUGCAAGCAGUGGUUAAAGACCCUGUAUCCCGUACACCUGCUCUUAUAUUUGAGCAUGUUAACAAUAUGGACUUUAAACAACUCUACCAGACGUUGAAUGACUAUGAUAUUAGAUUUUAUCUCUAUGAGUUGCUCAAGGCAUUGGACUAUUGCCAUAGUAUGGGCAUCAUGCAUCGUGAUGUAAAGCCACACAAUGUUAUGAUCGACCAUGAAAACAGAAAAUUGCGGUUAAUUGAUUGGGGUUUAGCAGAGUUCUAUCAUCCUGGCCAAGAAUACAAUGUGCGUGUUGCCUCCAGAUAUUUCAAGGGUCCAGAGUUACUCGCUGAUUAUCAGAUGUAUGAUUACUCAUUAGACAUGUGGUCACUGGGCUGCAUGUUGGCCAGCAUGAUAUUCAGAAAAGAGCCAUUCUUCCAUGGACAUGACAAUUACGAUCAACUUGUGCGUAUUGCUAAGGUUCUAGGAACAGAAGAACUAUUUGAAUAUUUAGACAAGUAUCACGUUGAAUUGGAUCCAAGAUUUUCUGAUAUUUUAGGAAGGCAUUCAAGAAAACGGUGGGAGCGUUUUGUGCAUAGUGAAAAUCAACACCUUGUAACACCAGAAGCUUUAGAUUUCUUAGAUAAACUUUUGCGUUAUGAUCAUUUUGAACGGUUGACUGCUAGAGAAGCAAUGGAUCAUCCAUAUUUUUAUCCAGUAGUAAAAGAGCAGUCUCGAAUUAAUUUGGGCACAUCGUCUGUAUCUCCAACACCAAUUACAGCAGGUGGGAAUGGAAUAACUUCUCCAAAUGCUGUUGGCGUUCUACAGUGA